CGCCUGCCCUCCGGCUCGCGGGUGGGAUCGCUCUCCAGCUGUCCUGACUGGCUCUGUCUUUCCCCAGCGCUGCAGAAGGAUCUGGACAGCAAGCUCUUCGGCCAGCAUCUCGCAAAGAAAGUCAUCUUAAACGCCGUGUCUGGUUUCCUGAGCAACCCGAAGCCCAAGAAACCCCUCACCCUCUCCCUACACGGGUGGACCGGCACCGGCAAGAACUUCGUGAGCAAGAUCAUCGCGGAGAACAUCUACGAGGGCGGGCUGAACAGCGACUAUGUCCACCUGUUUGUGGCCACGCUGCACUUCCCCCACGCCUCCAACAUCACCCAGUACAAGGAUCAGCUGCAGCAGUGGAUCCGAGGCAACGUGAGCGCGUGCGCACGGUCCAUCUUCAUCUUUGAUGAGAUGGACAAGAUGCACGUGGGCCUCAUCGACGCCAUCAAGCCUUUCCUCGACUAUUACGACGUGGUGGACGAGGUCUCCUACCAGAAAGCCAUCUUCAUAUUCCUCAGCAAUGCUGGGGCAGAGAGGAUCACAGAUGUGGCCUUGGACUUCUGGCGGAGUGGGAGGCAGAGGGAAGAAAUCAAGCUCAAAGACAUGGAGCCAGCCUUGUCUGUGUCUGUCUUCAACAACAAGAAUAGUGGCUUUUGGCACAGCAGCCUAAUUGCCCGAAACCUCAUUGAUUAUUUCGUGCCCUUCCUGCCCCUGGAAUACAAACACCUGAAGAUGUGCAUCAGGGUGGAGAUGCAGGCCCGGGGCUACGAGGUGGACGAGGACAUUAUUAACCGAGUGGCGGAGGAGAUGACGUUUUUCCCCAAGGAGGAGCGAGUCUUCUCCGACAAGGGCUGCAAAACUGUGUUCACCAAGCUAGAUUAUUACCUGGAUGACUGAGAGCCAGCCCCAGCCUUAGCCCCAGCCGCUGAGAGCCAGCCCCCAGCUGCCAGCUCCUUUCCUGGGAGAGAAAUCAAUGAACAUAAUCAAUCUGCCAGCCAGCCAGCCAGCCAGCCGCACGCCCCCAGGAGCCCGAGCCGGGCACAGCAGCAGGACCAUGGACAGGGACACACAGCUUCCAGAGCCUUCCGCCAGGGAGGAGCCAGCGCCAGAUCCCAGCCUGUAUUCCAGGCCCAUGAUUUUUUUAAAAAUUAUGUUUUAAUUUCUAGUGUUUCUGUUUCAAGGAAAGAUGAAUACAUUUUACUGAAAAUGUGAUAACUUUAUUUAAAAUGCUUUUUAACAUUA